CCAGGUGGCGAUGUGCCUGUUUCAGGGCAAUGCUGCCGGUGUGACGUAUAAUCUAAUGGACGGGACGCUUCUUCAAACAACAAAAGCGAGUUAUUCACCUCGGUAGCUUUCUAGCCAACAUAGCAGAUCUUUAAAUGCUUUCGUUGUAUAUUAGCCACUGUGUUUUAAACACACUUGUCGUAUCUACUAGCUAGUUUCACCAUUUCAUUAAAUAUCUACGUUGUUUUUAGUCAGCUAGCUAGCUGGGUAAAUUAGCAGUGCUAGUCUUAUCACUAAUGCUAACUAGCUAUCUAGCUAACAUCCCAACCAUGAGCUCAGUAAACGUCUCCUCACCUUCUGAAGAGGAGGUCUGCUGGACGGAGAAAGAAGCUCUGGGGCUGAACAUUGUCGUGAAAGAGGAGAAGGAAGAAGAGGAUGUCACAGUAAAACAAGAAACAGAGGUUGAGGCUGUUACAGUGAAAGAAGAAGAGAAAGGAGUUAAAUUGACAGAAGAUGAAGACGUGUUCAGAGUGAAAGAGGAAGAGGAUGUUACAGUAAAAGAAGAGGAAGAGAAAGAGGGGGAGAUGACUGCCACAGUGAAAGAAGAGGAAGACGUUUUUGGAAUGAAGGAAGUGGGGGAGAUUACUGUCACAUUGGAAGAAGAAGAAGAGGAGACAGGAGAUCUGAUUAACAACAGAGAGAGACCAGUCUGUCACUCUGACAGCAGUAAGAGUCCUUCAGAGGAACCAGACCCAGAGACUCCCAAACCAGUGAGACGACUCGACUGCUCCAAGUGUAAUAAGAGUUUUAAGUUGUCAUUGAACCUAAAAAAGCAUGAGAGAAAACACACAGGAGAAAAACCUUUCCACUGCUCCCAGUGUGGAAAGAGAUUUUCACGAUCACAGAACCUAAAAAAACAUAGUAGAAUACACACAGGAGAAAAGCCUUACCACUGUUCCCAUUGUGGAAAGAAUUUUAGGUUGUUGGAUAAGCUGAAGGAGCACGAGAGGACGCACACAGGGGAGAAACCUUACCAUUGCUCCGUGUGUGGAAAGAGUUUUGCCCAGUUAGCUUACCAAAAAGAGCAUGAAAGGAAACACACAGAAGAAAAGCCUUUCCAAUGUUCCCAGUGUGGAAAGAGAUUUUCCCGAUCACAGAACCUAAAAAUGCAUCAGAGGACACACACAAGGGAGAAAACGUAUCUCUGUUCCCAGUGUGGAAAGUGUUUUACUCAUUUAUGGAGCCUGAACAAACACAAUAGAAUGCACACAGGAGAAAAACCUUACCACUGUUCCCAUUGUGGACAGAGUUUUAGGUUGUUAGGUAACCUAAAAGAGCAUGAAAGGAAACACACAGGAGAAAAGCCUUUCCAAUGUUCCCAUUGUGGAAAGAGAUUUACACGAGCACAGCAACUAAAAUCACAUGAGAGGACACACACAGGGGAGAAACCAUACCACUGCUCCCAGUGUGAAAAAAGUUUUACGCAGUUAGCGAGCCUGAACACUCAUAAGAGAAUACACACAGGAGAAACACCUUACCCCUGUGCCCUAUGUGAAAAGAGAUUUUCAAGACCACAGGAACUAAAAUCACAUGAGAGGACACACACAGGGGAGAAACCAUACCACUGCUCCCAGUGCAAAAAGAGUUUUUCGCUGUUAGGGAGCCUGAACAAACAUAAUAGAAUCCACACCGGAGAAAAGCCUUACCACUGUGCCCAUUGCGGAAAGACAUUUUCACGAUCACAGGACCUAAAAUCACAUGAGAGGACACACACAGGAGAAAAGCCUUACCCCUGUCCCCAUUGUGGAAAGACAUUUUCACGAUCACAGGAACUAAAAUCACAUGAGAGGACACACACCGGGGAGAAACCUUAUCAUUGCUCCCUGUGUGGAAAGGAUUUUUCCCAUUUAGGGAGCCUGAACAAACAUAAGAAGACAAUGCACUCUUGAGUGAAGCCUUACCCAUGUUCCCAUUCCCAGGCUGUGUUCUGAUGAGUCACUGUGUUCUGAUGAGUCACUGUGUUCUGAUGAGUCACUGUGUUCUGAUGAGUCACUGUGUUCUGACUGAUGUUUGACUGUUGUUUUAUGCCACAUUAAAUCAUAUUGUUGAUAUGAAAUCGUUCUCUAGAAUAGAGGCCUGUUUUAGUGUCUGAGACAGGAUUAUGUCUAAAAUCAGAUUAUAAUUUUAAAAUGGUUUUUUUUGUUUUGAUUCUACACUUUGAUAGAUUGGACACAUGAUAGAACCCUUAGAUGUUAAUGACAUGAUUUAGAUUAUUUAAAAUGUAAAUUGGAUGAAUAUUGUGUGUAUUUCUUGAUUCUGACCUUGAAACCUCGAGAAACGUAGUUGUUUUGGAUUCAUUGAGUUAAUUUGUGUUCUAUAGUCUCCAAGCUAAAGAUGUGAUGAUGUUGUUAACACGAAGAACGACCUCUUGAAUGUUCCCAUCAGUGUUAUUCCACCAUGUUAGAGAAAAUACAGGUGCUGAUUGUUACACACAUUUGAUUAAUGAUGAAUUAAAAAUUAACAUUUUUAUCUGAAUGAAAGUAUUCAUGAAUAUGUUUUCAUUCUGUUAGCCACUAGUGGACAUUCACUAUAAAACAACAAAGAAUCAACAGUAAAUAUUACA